GCCUUUAUUGUUUUUCCAAACAAUUCUAUGUUUUCUAUUUUGAGUCAAAUUAGUAUUUGUAAGUAGGGUGGGUAUUAAAUAGGAUGUUGUAAUUUGGUUUAGAGAAUUCUCUUCAGUCUUCACAAUGGGGAAUCAUAUAUCAGAGUUGGUGAAGAAACUCAGGGGAACUGCUAAUAGUUUGACGUUCGAUAAAUCAGUGAUUAACCUCUUCAUCAUGGGAGAUCAAAUAUCUAGAGGAGAAGAAUUGGUGAAGAAAGCUGAGAAGAAACUCAAUGGGGAUCGAGUUGGAGCAGUAUAUGUGAAAUUAGCAAGUUGUCAUCUGAAGUUGGAUCACAAACAUGAGGCUGCUCGUGCUUACGAUAUUACUGCUGAUUACUACAAGAUGACGAAAAAUUUGAAAGAGGCAAUAUCAUGUCUAGAGAAAGCAACACAUUUAUUUCUGGACAUUAAAAGGCUAAACGCGACCAGAGGAUAUUACCAGGCAGAAAAUUGCAGAAUACUCAGCUAAAGUAGGAAAAUAUCAAAGAUCAAUCACGAUGUUUGAGGAGAUAGCAACAUAUUCCAUCAGAAACAACUUGUUGAAGUAUGAAGUUAGAGGGCAUCUUCUGAAUGCUGGUAUUUGCCAACUUUGUAGAGGUGAUGUUGUUGCAAUUAACAACACCUUAGAGUGAUAUCAGGUAGAGUAUAUUUUCCUAUCAAGACUCUUAAGAUUUCAACAGGACAUAUGUUUCAUGCAUCCUAAUUUGCAGAUACUGCAUACAACAUUUUUAGGGACGCGCGAGUGCAAGUUUCCUAUGGGUUUGGCAGCUGCUAUUGACAAGAGAGACGUUGCAGAGUUUACUAGUUGUCUCAAGGAAUAUGAUAGCAUCAUAAAACUGGAUGAAUGGAGGACAUUGGUUCUUCUCAAAGUGAAGGAAGCGCUGAAGGUGAAGGCACUAGAGUCAAAGGGACAGUUAGGACGGUUAUUUUAUAUUGUACCAUGUUCACUUAUUUUAUUUUGUAUGAAAAAAAUUAGACUUUUCUAAACAAAAAAACCAUUGACACCUCUAGCUAACUAGUAGGAUUGAGGAAUAUGAUCUUACUUUAAUUCUUCUUCUAGUAUUAUUUUCUUAUCACCCUCUACUGAAGUGUUACAUUUCGGCCCUCCACUUUUCUUUUCA